CAGGAACAGCCAAUUGUGAUGCCCGUCUUAUCUCAGCCCGUGCGUGCCAGAUCUUUAGUCCGGGCGAACCUCGAGAAGUCUAGUGUAUUAUUGCACAGCAGAAUGCCGAACAUAAAGGUAUUUAGUGGUACGUCGCAUCCGGACCUUGCCCAGAGGAUUGUCGAUCGGCUCGGCAUCGACUUGGGCAAAGUGGUCACCAAGAAGUUCAGCAACUUGGAGACAUGCGUGGAAAUCGGCGAGUCCGUCCGUGGAGAGGAUGUCUACAUCGUGCAAUCAGGUAGCGGCGAAAUAAACGAUAACCUCAUGGAAUUGCUGAUUAUGAUCAAUGCCUGCAAGAUUGCAUCAGCCAGUCGCGUUACUGCGGUUAUCCCAUGCUUCCCCUAUGCCCGCCAAGACAAAAAAGACAAAGGUGAGGGUGUCAAAGAGCAACUCGUCAAUAAAUGGAAAAGUACGGAAAGGAAAUUCAGGAGUCGCGCUCCGAUCUCCGCAAAACUGGUUGCAAAUAUGCUGUCAGUCGCUGGCGCAGACCAUAUUAUCACCAUGGAUUUGCACGCCUCCCAGAUCCAGGGCUUCUUCGACAUACCCGUGGACAACCUGUACGCUGAGCCUGCAGUGUUAAAGUGGAUCAAAGAGAACAUAACUGAUUGGAGGAACAGCAUAAUCGUUUCACCAGAUGCGGGUGGCGCAAAGAGGGUCACCUCUAUCGCCGAUAGGCUGAACGUGGAGUUCGCCCUCAUCCACAAGGAGAGGAAGAAGGCCAACGAGGUUGCAUCGAUGGUCUUGGUCGGAGAUGUUAAAGACAGAGUAGCUAUCCUGGUGGACGAUAUGGCAGACACUUGUGGUACCAUCUGUCACGCAGCUGAGAAACUGAUGGAGGCUGGAGCCACCAAAGUUUACGCCAUCUUAACACACGGCAUCUUUUCGGGACCUGCUAUCUCUCGCAUCAACGCCGCUUGCUUCGAGGCUGUCGUUGUCACCAACACUAUUCCACAAGGCGGACACAUGAAGGAUUGUCCUAAGAUCCAAUGCAUCGAUGUUUCGAUGAUGUUCGCAGAGGCUGUGAGGCGUACUCACAAUGGCGAGUCCGUGUCGUAUCUAUUUUCCAACGUUCCCUAUUGAACCAAACAAAACAAGCAAAAACAAGAAACAACUUUUGAUACAUUUGUAUUACAUUUUUUUUUCUUUUUACCAUAUACAUAUUUGAAAGAAAAACAAAUUUUAAAACUGAAUUCACACAGACAUUUUAACAUCCAGAGAAUCUCUGAUUUAUUAUCCAUUUUGUUUUAAUUGACGUUAAUUAUUGUUGCCAUAUCUAUUAAAAUAAUUCUAACUAUAGAGUUAUUAGUAAGUGUUUGUAUAAACCAACAUAAUUGUCUUGUUCAACACGAAGAUAAUGUUAAAUCGAUGUUAGUAGUUCCAAUUCAUAGUUACUUUCCAUUUUUUCCCUAUAUAUAAUUUCGUUUAAUGAUUUAGCGUAUGUCAUUAAUUUUGUUGUUGAAAAUGUUUUAAACGAAUUUACUAUUCUGUUUAUCUUAUUGUAUUAUAUACAUUUCCUGAAGAAAUCGAAGUCGUUUCUAUUAUUACAUUUGGAGCAAAAAUAGAAAUUCUAUUAUAAUAUUUCAA